AAAUGAAUUUGUAGCCAAGGCUCGAUUUUUCGAAAAUGUGAGACAAUGGAAAGAAUCCUCGAACUUGAUUUUUGAGCCUAAAAUGGCACCUACCAAAUGUGCAAAUUUUCCCAAACCUGUGUACCUUCAUCACAUAGGGUAACCUUAAUUGAUCACAGGUCCGCGAGGACCAAACAAUUUUCUGCAUAAAGAUUUGUGUUGUAGCCCUGGUAAAUCGAAUUCAACGUCAAGAGUCAAAAUUUAAAAAAAAGAGAAUUGAAAUUUAUGAUGCAUGAUAAUAAGAGUACUUAACAAAGACGCCCUGUUCACCUGAAUUCAGUUGUUUUUCGUGCGUGAACCAGAUUGGUUGCCGUUUGAAAUUUAAUCAGAAAGCCAGUUAACCAGUUUUGUACACAAGCCAUGAAGUCGUUUUUUUUUGCAUUAGUUAGCUUUCUUUCGAUCAUUGGCCUUCAAUACCUUUCAACUCGUGCCUAUGUAUCUGCCGAGUUCGAACAAUCUGCGUUUAACGGGUCUAUUCCCUCAUUUGAGAUUGUCCAUGAGUGGAAGUAUUUGGAUUUUGAAUAUCCCACCUUUGUUGAGAGGCAGCUGGCGAUAAAAAAUGGCGAUUUUGUGCCGCGAAACAAUUUACCUUUGGGUAUUGAUAUAUAUCGGAGUCGACUGUUUAUAACGACACCGCGCUGGAAAGACGGCGUCCCAGCGAGUUUGGUCACCGUGCCAUAUCCGACACAGGAGAUAAGCCCGGCAUUGAAGCCGUAUCCGUCCUGGCAGGCACACAGCAGCCCCAACAAUCCCGACUGUUCCAAGCUAAUAUCCGUUUAUCGCACAGCAGUCGAUGCGAAAUGCAACCGGCUCUGGCUUAUAGAUUCCGGGAUUGUGAAUGCUACAAUAAGUUUAAAUCAGAUAUGUCCGCCAAAAAUUGUGGCCUUUGAUCUGGACACAGAUGAGAUGAUUGUCCGGUAUGAGCUGCCCGCCUCUCAGACUAAACAGGACUCGUUACACUCGAAUAUUGUCGUAGAUGUCAGGAAUAAGGAUUGCCAGAACGCGCACGUUUUUGUCACAGAUGUCUGGCGCUUUGGCAUUGUUGUCUAUAGCCUGGCGAAGCACAGGAGCUGGCGUGUGACUAACUACAAUUUUUCACCCAAUCCAACAGCGGCAGAUUUCAAUAUCCAUGGCCUGAAUUUUCAGUGGUUGGAUGGCGUCUUCGGCAUGAGUCUCUCCCAGGGACCCAAGCGAAAUGAUCGUGUGCUAUACUUUCACCCAAUGGCUAGCUACAAGGAAUUUAUGGUUCCGAUAGACAUACUAUUAAAUGAAUCUCUUUGGACCAAUGGCACAAUAGAUACGUCCAAACUUUUUAUUUCGAUUGGCGAUCGCGGAUUCAACGGUCAAUCUUCGACAUCUGGAAUCGCCAGAAAUGGUGUAAUGUUCUUUACCCAAGUACAUCGGGAUAACAUCGGUUGUUGGGAUACAACUAAACCAUACUCUCGAUCAAAUUUGGGAAUACUCCUCGAUGCUAACAAAUUCCCGACCUUGAUUCAAUUUCCCAACGAUUUAAAAGUGGACCACGAGGAGAGUCAAGGUCUUUGGGUAAUGAGCAAUCGGUUGCCAACCUAUUUAUAUAGCCAGCUAGAUUACGGGGAUAUCAACUUUCGAAUUUUAAGAACCGACGUAGAGAGCAUUAUCGCCAAAACGAUAUGUAAUCCGUUGUACGAAUCGGCCAGCAAGCAAAAAUUCGCUAUUGUGUCAAUAGAAGAGGGUCAAUGUUAUUAAGCGAUUAAUAAAACAAGUCACGCUGGAUACUUAAUAUUAGGACAAGGAUUUAACACCUGCAGAAUUAUGGGUCUAAUAAACUGAGUGUAGACUGUACCUUGGGCCUAAAUAUCUCGUCAUUGUCGACUGCCGACUAGAUUAAUCCAACUUGAUUAUUAAUAUAUUAUUAUUGUCUGGUAAAUUGUCCAAGUAUUUAUUACUAAAUAAAC